UCUGUCCAAUUCUCUUUCCAGCUCAACAUAAUGACUCUCACGAAUAACCAACCCCUCAAAAUCGACGCCAACAGAACAUUCGCAAAUCCCAAUUAUAAACCAAACGCUCCCGCGUUCAUCAAUUACUCCCCGCCCUCUCCAGUUCCGGAACGGUUCUCCUUCCUGCGGAACCACUCUUCUCUUCAAGAUCAGGUUGUUUCCACAUUUAGAAGUUUGAUUUGCCCAAAACUGUCUGAAGCAAUAUUGUUUGGGAAUCGGUGGUCUUUCAUUAUGGGAGCUGUAGAAAAGCCCUUAAAAAACAAAGAGGAUCGUUUACCAGGAGAAGCAAAGGAGAUAUUAAAAUCAUUGGCUGCCAAAUGGGGGGAUGUGGUUGACACAAGUGAAUUACAGGUUUUUUCUCUUAAAGGUGCAAUGACCAAUCAGGUUUUCCAAAUAAAGUGGCCGACAGAGACAAAGGACGUCUCUAGAAAAGUUCUAGUUAGGAUCUAUGGUCAGGGUGUGGAAGUGUUCUUUGACCGGGAUGAUGAGAUUCGGACAUUUGAGUUCAUCUCAAAGCAUGGGCAGGGACCUCGUCUUCUAGGGCGGUUUUCAAAUGGGAGAAUUGAAGAGUUCAUCAAUGCACGGACACUAUCAGCAUCUGAUCUGCGUGAUCCAAAAACAUCUGCUCUUAUAGCGUCUAAAAUGAAGGAGUUUCAUGAUCUUGAAAUGCCUGGUCCAAAGAAUGUUCGCCUGUGGGAGAGAUUACGAAAGUGGCUACAUGCAGCCAAGAGUUUGGCUUCCCCUGAAGAAGCUAAAGCCUUUUGCUUAGAUACUAUAGAAGAGGACAUCUCUAUAUUGGAAAAGGAGCUUUCACAGGCUCAUCAACAUAUAGUAUUUUGCCACAAUGAUUUGCAAUAUGGUAAUAUAAUGAUCGAUGAAAAGACCAAUUCCAUAACCAUCAUUGAUUAUGAGUAUGCAAGUUACAACCCUGUUGCAUUUGACAUAGCAAAUCAUUUUUGUGAGAUGGCUGCUGACUAUCAUACGGAAACGCCCCAUAUCCUGGAUUUCAGUAAAUAUCCUGGUUUGGAGGAGCGUCAAAGAUUUGUGCGUAUAUAUUUGAGUUCUUCAGGUAAUGAGCCUAGCAAUGUUGAAGUGGAGCAGUUACUUCAAGAUGUUGAGAAGUAUACUCUUGCAAACCAUCUGUUUUGGGGAUUAUGGGGAAUAAUAUCGGAACAUGUGAAUGAAAUUGAUUUUGACUACAUAGAAUAUGCAAGGCAGAGGUUUCAACAAUACUGGUCAAGGAAGCCUACUCUAUUGGGCUCUGUUGGUGCUUCCCCUGAUAGUGCGACUGAUGGUAACCGUGCUAUCUAGUUCUUGAGAUGCUCUCUCUUUAUUGCUUCUCUGUAUAUACGUAGUUACAUACAGGAACCUAUCGGAUUUCAUUAUGUUCCAGGGUCUCAAUGUAUGAAUGCUAAAAUAUGGUUGUCGAGGAAUUUUCUGGUAUCCUUUACAAACUAGGAUAUGCUUUGAAGGAAUUUUAGUUGUUCACAUAUUCUCAUAUGUAUGUUGGACAAGAUAUACUAUUCCAAUUUGUUUCAUUGCUUUUAUUGUUUAGAACAUGUAAUUUUGUAUCUUAUUGCAAUGAAAAAAAUUAUAUAUUUUACCUCAUAAAUGUGGAGGCAGUUCAGCAGUA